CCGCACACAACCGGAACCUUUGAACCAACGCUGCAAAACUCGGAUCUAUUUAUUGGUGACACUUGGGGAAACAGCUGUUUUGAUCGGCUAACGUUAGUAGCUAACCACAGAACAACUUACUGGCUGACUUAACGUGAAUCAUAUAGUAUAUUAGUAGAUUACUGAUUUCUGACCUUGUACAAUUCACAGGUUGAUUGGAGGGCUGUUGCCAUGGAGCCUGCCUGCCGUAAAGACAAGCCAAAGCUGAACUCAACACCGACAAGAGGAGACAGAGCCAAACAGAAGUCCGCACAGCAAGAGCUCAAACAACGACAGAGAGCAGAGAUCUACGCCUUGAACAAGGUGAUGACAGAACUGGAACAGCAGCAGUUUGAGGCCUUUUGUAAACAGAUGCAAUCACAAGGAGAAUGAGUCCUGGCUUCCUUCUUCAUCUGGACCAGGACCCGUCACCCCUGCAAAAACCCCAUGUACCGAAAUACAAUCACACACUUAUACUGACACCGACGCUUGAUAAUCUUUCUGCUCUUGGCCUGUUAACGAUUCAGAUUCCUGACUCUGUAACCUGAAUACGCUGGAGAGUGUUGUUGUACCUGAGCUGAUUGGUAACUGAAAGCAUUGUGGGUCAAAUGGGGCCAAACAGGAACAACUGUAAUCAGAGUUGCAUAUUUCCUACAAACACAUCAGGUCGCUGAUAUUUCCUUUGCAUAAAUAUCAACCUUUGUAUGUCUGCAUGUAAUGGUUAAACUGGGCUUCCGUGCUCUUUUUGUGUAAUACUGGCAAACUUUAAAUUCACCAAGAUACCAUUUUUUUCUCCUAUUUUUCAUAAGCUAAUAUCAAAUAUCUAUUAUUUCUUGCACAUUCUCGAAGUUUUCACAUCCAGUGUGCUUCUGAUUUCCAACUACCAACAGCAGAACAACGGGUUGUUUAUUGCUUAAUGUAGCUUUAAAAUAGGCAGUGCCCUUAAUGUGUUAAUGGUGCUCACUUUCUUAUCUUGUGAACAUUGUAUGCAGUGCCACCUGGCCUGUACUUAUUUAAUAUAGCAUUUUAUUGUCACAUUCAUUUUGCAAUACAAACAGCUUCUAUUUAUGACUGAUAACUGUAAAAACAUUUAUACAAAGUACAGUAUGGCAUCAACUUGCACUUGAGUUGAAAAUUUUGGAUUGAAUGAAAAUAAAAGUACAUUUUAAAAA